GAAGAUAAAUAAAAAGAGAAUUUUCCCAAAAUGCAUUAAAGGCACAGUUCUUGAAAAGUCGAUUUUUUAAAUAAUUUUACUUUGCGAGAUUACGUAGAACGAUGGACGGAAUGAAGAGAUCUCGAAUCUCUUUGCGAAGCGAAUCACGCCGCAGCGAGGGAUGAUCAGUGGUGUUUAAAAGACAGGACAGAAAAUCGUCUUCACGAUAUACCCAAGGGGAGAGACGAUGUCAAACUUUUAGAAAUGCGAAACGAGGAAAGAUGCGGAUAAAGAAGCAAAGCAGUGCUAAAGUUUGGCUACUGCUACUUGUGUUGUUGCUGGUCCAAGAUGGCAGAUGUAUAAAAUGGCUCGGCCUCGGUCGCACCAGCGACACGCAUACGUGGACCAGAGAGGCGUGCACCAGUGCGAAAAGCGCGGGUCUGUUGGAGAGGAAACAGGCGAGGGCAUGCAGGGCUGCGCCGGAUGUGAUGCCUGCUUUGGUACAAGCCGCUAAAGAUGCGUCAACGGUAUGCCAGCAGGCUUUCAGACACCGCAGAUGGAACUGCAGCAGCAUCGAGCGCGCGCCCGACUACACACCUGAAUUGCUUACAGGAACGAGAGAGCAAGCCUUCGUCUACGCGAUGUCGGCCGCCGCUGCGGUUUGGAGGCUCGCACGCGGAUGCGCUUUGGGGAGCCUGGCGGCCUGUUCUUGCGCGACCCCACCGCGAAGAGAGCCACCCUCGCCAUCCGCGCUUAUCUCGCCCUCAUCCUUCACUACCAUGUCCGUCUCUUUUGACACGCUGUCCGCGAGGAACUCCUUCAAAUGGGGCGGCUGCGGAGACGACGUGAGAUCCGCUUCGAGGAUGGCCAAGCGGUUUCUUCAGGGUGCAACGCCGCCUGGUAUCGGAGGGACCGCGAAAUUUAUGCACGCAGUCAAUAUGCAUAACAAUAGGGCUGGUCGGAGGGCGGUCGAGCAGUCCUUGACUUUGGAGUGCAAGUGCCACGGGGUGUCGGGUUCCUGCAGCGUGCGUACUUGCUGGCGCGGUCUGGGUGCAUCAGGACCAUCCGCCGCCGGAAGCCGUUUGCUACGCAGAUACGCCACUGCGGCCGAGGUCAGGCUGAGAUCUGGCGGCAGAUUGCCGCCUCUGUAUCACCACGAUAAUCUGCUCUAUACCACCAGGAGUCCAGAUUACUGCUUACCAGAUAAGAAGAGAGGCAGCCUCGGCACGAUAGGCAGACAAUGCAACGGCAGCAGUUCCGGUUAUGAGGGCUGCGAAUACCUUUGUUGCAGCCGCGGCCACGUGACCAGAACUGAGCAGAUCUACGAAAGAUGCGACUGCAAGUACAUCAGUUGUUGCUAUGUCAAGUGCAAAACAUGCAGCCGAAUCGUGAAGACGUACGAAUGCAAUUAAGAGUAACUCAAAUUGUCCGGGACAAUUAGCGGCAGAGAUGUGUAAUCUGCUCGAUGAAGAAAUAAAUUC